CUUCCAAAGCUUUCCAAGUUAAGGAAGUCUCGACUCGACGACAAAGCAUAGUUUAUCCUUUUAAAUACACUCCAGCAGCCUCGCGUCCAGAGCUAUUGAUAUAUAAACGUAGAGACAGAACCGCUAUACCUGCCACACCCAUUCUAAAAAACUACAAUGGCAUGAAAUUCGGCCACCUCCUCAUUCACACCGCGCCCAGACAGGACUUUAUUCGAGCAGGUCUGCGAGAUAAACGCAGUGGAGAGUUCAGAGACUUCUUGUAUUUCAGCAUUGGCAGAUCACACAGACACACAUAUCAGGAUGUAUCAAAACUCUCCGUUCCGCGUCUGUAUGAUUAUUUUGGUGCUGUUUCCGAGCACCGAGUUAUGUGAGCUGAGGCCAGUGCAUGCCCUGGUUCCUAAGAGACUGCCCGCCGGUUAUGUCAUCUCUAAAGUCACAGAAGAAUUAAAUCUCAAAGGCUGUGCAGUCAAGCCUGUGGCUUUUACCACAAGCGACCCAGACUUUGCUGUAAAUACAGAUGGAACCAUUAUCACAGUUCGCAGUAUGGUGAUUACAACAAGGACGUUUUCUGUGUUGGUGCAGGAUGAGAGUGGUUUUGAUUGGAGAGUGGACAUUAUAUUGUCCUGUACAGACAAGGCAUCUCAGAAGUCUGGCAAUGUGGUUCACAAACGUUAUAAGAGAAGAUGGAGACCGUUGCCUUUCUCUAUUGUUGAGAAUGAUGGCCCUAAAUUCCCAAAGGAAGUGGAGACGAUUGCGUCUGAUUCUUCAGUAAAUCACACUGUGUAUUAUGAGAUCAGUGGGCCUGGUGUUACCACAGACCCUGUAGGCUUAUUCCAGCUGAACAAGGACACCGGCAUACUGAGUGUGACAAGGGCCGUCGACCGUGAGCAGUACCCCCAAUUCAUUUUUAUGGCUCGAGUGUUUGACAGACUUAGCCACCAGGAAACUGAUCAGCCUUUGCCCAUUACCGUGAUUGUGGAGGAUAAGAAUGACAAUGCCCCUGAGUUCAUAGGAAGUCCCUUCUUCACGGUGCCCGAACGGUGCAAAGCAGGUACAGUUAUUGGGCAGGUGAAUGCCACAGAUAAGGAUCAGGCCAAAACCCCCCACACCUUGAUCAAGUUCACUUUACUCAAUGCUACCGACAUGUUCUCCAUUGAAGCUUUUACCGGAGUAUUAACUGCUAAAACCAACACACUGGACAGAGAGGCGCAGGACAAAGUCUACGUUUCCAUAGAGAUUAAAGAUAUGGGUGGAGCUCAUGAUGGGCUCUUCAACAGAGGAACUGCUGUCAUUACACUCACAGAUGUUAAUGAUAACCCUCCCACCUUUAAAGAGAAGUUGUUUAAGGCACAGGUCCAGGAGAACAAAGAAAAUGUGCUAGUUCUUAGGAUCCCAGUGGAAGAUAAGGACUUGGUGAACACUGCCAACUGGAGGGCCCUGUUUGAGGUCACCAAGGGAAACGAGAGUGGAAACUUCAGGAUGGAGACAGACCCCAAAACCAACGAGGGGCUUCUGUACGUCAUAAAGUCAUUGGACUAUGAAAAAACUCAGAUGGUAAAGCUGGAAAUUACUGCCCGUAAUGAAGCUCCACUUGUUGGGACUAACGCCGGCUGGCUCUCUGUCCCAGUGGAGCUCUCUGUGGGAAAUGAAGAUGAGGGACCAGAGUUCACUGCUCCCAUUCUAUGGCUCAAGGUCAAGGAGAAUGUUCCCAAUGGAACUAUCAUUGGAACCUAUACAGCUUUGGACCCAGAGACAAAGAACAGCAAUGGAAUAAAGUACUAUAAGAUGACUGACCCAGGCUCCUGGAUCACUGUGGUGGAGAACACUGGAGAACUGAGAACUGCCAAUACUAUAGACCGCGAAUCACCUUUGGUCUUCAACAAUACUUACAACAUAACUGUCAGAGCAGUGGAUGAGAGUAAGAAGACUGGAAAGGGAAUGGUUAUAAUCCAGAUCGAGGAUGAGAAUGAUAACAUGCCCCAGAUUCCAAGCAAUGAGCUGGUCAUUUGUAGUAAGGGCAAUUCGCUAGGCUCGGUUCUGAUUGAAGCUGUGGACAAAGAUGAGACACCUUACUCGACUCCCUUCCAUUUCGAAUUUGGAGCAGAACAUGAUGGGAAGUGGAGAUUGAAGGAUGCUACACUUAACUCUGUGGUGCUGGAACAGGCUGUGGACUUGCCCAACGGUCUGUACAAUGUACCAUUGCUGGCGAAGGAUCUGCAGGGAUUUGGGAAAGAGCAGAUCGUGAAAGUGCGAGUGUGUACCUGUGAAAGGGAGGAAAAUGGAGUGGGGUCAUGUGGGGCUCGCAGUGCCUCUACCUCUUUGGGCAGCUGGGGAAUCCUUGCCUUAGUUCUCUCUGGCCUGCUGCUGCUACUUUUAUGUUUGUUGCUCAUCUUCAUGUGCACCACUAAGAGAGAAAAACUGUACAUUAGUGAUGAUACUGGAACAGGAGGAAUGCUGCUAAAAUCCAACACUGAGGCGCCUGGUGAAGAAGUGAAAGAGGAGGCUUUUAUGAAGAUCUCUGGGCCAGAUGUUUUGGACGGAUCAGUUCAAGGCAUUCAAAUCACGGAUAGUAAGAACAUGGGUUCAGCUGGAGGACACUAUGGGAAUCAAUAUAUCCAGGGGGGAGGCGUGUACAACAGCACCACUCAAGACUUUGGGACAGAAAAAUACAAUUUUGCCGGCCAUCACAAUAGCAGCCUCUACGGCAACCCAGUGUACCAGAAAUACUCGAACACGAGUGCAAUCGACACAUGGAGAACCAAUGAGCGCUACUUGGGCAAAAAAUUGGCUUACUUCGGAGACGAGGAGCAGGGACGGUACGCCGAUGAUCUGCUGAAGACCUACGGACACGAGGGGGCGGGGUCUCCUGCAGGCUCUGUAGGGUGUUGUAGUGUUUUGGGUGAACCGGACUCACUGGACUUUUUGAACACACUCGGCCCUAAAUUUAAACCACUUGCUGACGUCUGCACCAGGAACACUCAAGGCGGGAACUAACACUCAGAGAUGAUUGAGAUGAGAGAGUAUUUUAUGCUGGAUGCCUGGAGACUUCAAACCAAGUCUUUUUGCUGAAUUAAUCAAGUAGAAGUGUGUAUGUGUAUGCAUGGGUAUGUUAACUUGUGUAUGAGUGUGUUAUGAUAAAAAGAAGCCUUUUUGUAAUUAUUUGCUACUUCUGCUCUGCUUUGCAAACCUCUGCCUUACAGAGCGAAGGGAGAGACAGUUUCAAUAUUAGUACAAAGAAAAGACAUUAGUCUCUCCCUAAGAUCAAUUGAAAUUCGCAGCCGUGAUAAGUAUUACCAGAGUCUGUAUGUACAAGAAGAGGACUGAGUGCAUUUUGGGGACAAGACAAAGACUUUCCAAAUGUGCUGUGCAUCAUGGAUUUUGUUAUUAAAUGUGUGGAAUUCAGAGCACUCUUCACCCCAUCUCCAUCUCGAAUCUACAGAAUCCUAAGGAUGUGAUGUUUUACUUGAGUAUUCUUGUUAUUCUUUACAUCUUACAUCUUCCUCCUGAGACCCAGCAAAAUGCCAGUUUUUGUAUUAGGAUUUUGAAAAUGUUGUUAUAUGCAGUAUAAGAGUCAUAUUUUAAAAACAUCACAGAAAAGCCCAGAAUGUCCGCUUUUAAGAUACUCAAGGACUUAAAACUGUGGCAUUCACAGCUAUUUACUAAAAAUGAUUGUCCUCUAUAGGGUACACAAAUGAAAUGCUGGAUUCCAGGAGUCGUAAAACAGUAUAGUUGCAAUGGGAUUUAAAAAAAUAUAUAUUUCAAUUAAGAGAAACCAAAUGUUUUGUUUGUGAGUGUCACUUAAUGCUUUAAAUGAAGAUAUAGGUGAAAGAACUGGUAAAAUAUGGGAAACCGACUCUUAGAAGUACAUGUUGUUUAGCUGUUUGAUAUUUCUGUUUUGUUCAGCACCUUUUAAUUUUUUCUUUUUUUUUACUUGUGGUAAACAUUAAAAAAUAACAGUUUCAUGUAGAGGGUUGGUCUGUUUACAGAGCUAUUAAAGGUGUGUGCUUGUAAAUAUUUUAAUAAAAUCGUUUACAGACCUUA